AUGACUUCAGUCUCUUUUCUGAACUCUUCAGACACACUCCUAUAUCCAUAUGGUCCCAAGUUUCAGGACAGAAGCACCCCAAAGGCAGAUGACGGGGCAUCUCCUCAAAUCUCGAUCUCUGAGUCCUUCUACUUCUAUGCCAAGAGAUACCAGUCCCUUUACGUGAACAAUAACGGGGUGUUGUCGUUUGGCAAGCCUGUCAGCCAGUUCACCCCGGAUCCCUUUCCACUGACUGAUGGCCGGUCCUUUGUGGCUCCGUUCUGGGCUGAUGUUGAUAACCGGAUCACUGGCACGGUGUACUACAGGGAGAGUCAAGAUGAGCAGCUCCUGCAGAGAGUCACAGCUGACAUCGAUGCGUAUUUCCCAAGUGGAAAAUUCACGGCUACCUGGGUCUUUGUGGCCACCUGGGACCAAGUGGCUUUCUAUGGAUCCCUAUCCUCCAAGGUUAACACAUUCCAGGCUGUUUUAACCUCCAAUGGGGAGCUGUCUUUCGUUCUGCUGAACUAUCAGGACAUCCAGUGGAUAUCAGGACAAGCAAGUGGUGGAGAUGCUCACACCGGCUUGGGGGGCACACCUGCUCAGGCUGGAUUUAACAACGGAGAUGCCGAAAACUACUUCAAUAUCCCUGGAUCUUGGAGUCCAAGCAUCAUUAACAUAAGCUCCACAAGUAACAUUAUGCGUCCUGGGCGCUGGGCAUUUGAGGUGGAUAUUUUUUAUGUGCCCAAUGGCUGUGUGUUCAAAGGUACCUGGAAUACCCCUCAGUAA